AUGUCGGGCCGAAGGGUCUCCAAGGAAUUGCGGGUCUUCCAGGCCCUGUCGGACCUAAAGGAGACCAAGGGGAUAUUGGGCCAGCUGGUCCUCCUGGCCCGAAAGGAGACCCCGGAAAUCAAGGGAAAAAGGGAGAGAAGGACUGACUACUACGGUGCUCUCUCCAUGGGGCAUCCCUUGAGGCUGACCCAGAGGGUCCAGAGUGUAGUGGCCGGACUGGUGAUUGGGGGAAGUCCGGGGUUUGGCAUUCCCGGUCAACUGGGGCUGAAAGGAGAACCAGGAGAAAGGGGCCCUUUGGGUCUUCCAGGACGUCCCGGAGAACGUGGGAUGAAAGGAGACAUGGGAGAAUCUGGGAAGGAUGGACUUGCCGGAGAGAAAGGAGACAAGGGUGAAUCCGCGCCUCCUUCGGAAAACUACAUCACAGUCAAAGGAGAGAAGCUGGCUCUCUUGAAAGAACUGACUGACCUUCUCAUCCAGGAUGGGGUGGAACUGGUCACCCAACAAAUUGCUGGCCCCAGAAAGGGGAAGGGGAAGGCCGCCAAAAAGAAGCAAGGGUUCAAACAAGCCGUGGACCAUGAGCUGGCUCUCUUGAAAGAACUGACUGACCUUCUCAUCCAGGAUGGGGUGGAACUGGUCACCCAACAAAUUGCUGGCCCCAGAAAGGGGAAGGGGAAGGCCGCCAAAAAGAAGCAAGGGUUCAAACAAGCCGUGGACCAUGAGCUGGAAUAUGGCUCCAUCCGCCUGGAUCUGGAGUCCAGAUUCCACUCUGUAGAGAAUACAUCCCACCAGAUGACUGAGAUCUUGGAAGAGCAGAAGACAGAUGAAGGUGUAUUCAACAUGCCUCCGAGUCCCGACCUGGAGGUGGAAGCUCAUUCUUCAGAGCAGGCGUCCAAAGAGCUGCCGGGGCCUCUGAAGAAAAGACGUGGCGAGCGCAAGAAGGAGAAGCAAGACAGCCAAGAGAACGCUGGGGCCGCCGAUGUUCCCGAACAAAAAGUCAACCUCAGGGUCCGAAGGACGGUGGAGGAGCAGACCCUCACGGUUCGUGGCCCUGGGGCUCUGGGACUGCGGGAACCCCUCGUGGGACACCAUCCGAACAAUGGGGCAUACCCCGGGCCUCGCGGAGCAAGGAGAGUCAAGAAGCAAGAAUCUGACACGGUCAAUCUGGAUUUCACAUCCACCAGUGCUCAAAAGGGAGAAAAAGGCUCUCCUGGAAGCCAAGGCAGCAAAGGAGAAAAGGGUGAACCUGGGGAGCCUGGAGAACCUGGUAGCAAGGGCGCCAGAGGUGAUGAAGGUGAAGUCGGUCAAAAGGGAGAGCCGGGGAUUGGAUUCCGGGGACCGGCUGGCCAGGCUGGACCUCCUGGGUCUAAGGGGGAGCCUGGGGCACCGGGAGCUCCAGGAGCGCAAGGGAUCCAGGGGAUCCGUGGCAACCCGGGGAUCUCGGGAUCCCAAGGAAAGAGAGGGCCUCCAGGACAACCGGGAAUUCCAGGGCAAAAGGGGGAACGUGGUCAGAGAGGCCGGAACGGAUCCCCCGGAUUGCCAGGCCCACCGGGGCUGCCUGGGCAAGAGGGGAUACCUGGAGCCCCCGGAAUGAAGGGGAACAAGGGCGAAACUGGUCUUGGCAAACCGGGCCCACGAGGACCGCGUGGCCCCCCUGGCCCCCGGGGUGAAGAAGGAAUUGUAGGAGUCCGUGGCCCUGUCGGCAUGAUGGGACAGAUAGGGCUUCCAGGACCUAAAGGUGAAAAGGGCGAGGUUGGUUUUCCGGGGCCCAAAGGAGAAAGGGGAGACCCCAUGACGAUAUUCGGACCUCAGGGUUAUAAAGGCAACAAAGGCGAUUCAGGGGUGAAAGGAGAAGCAGGAGCUAAAGGAGUCAUGGGUCUCUUCGGCGCAAGAGGACCAGUGGGGCAGAAGGGUGAACUUGGGGAACCAGGACUGCCUGGAUUUGCUGGAACGGCGGGGCUUGAUGGAAAGAACGGAGCGAAGGGGGCAAAGGGAGACCGGGGCCUGCCGGGCCAGAAAGGGGAACCGGGAGGAAAAGGUGAUCCCGGUGCAACCGGCGAUGUCGGGCGGAAAGGUUCAAAGGGUUUACGUGGGCUCCCGGGACGAACAGGACCCCCAGGUACGGAUGGGAUCAAGGUAGGCAAGACACUAAAAAGGCACCAGACUCGCCCCUCUCUCGUCUCUCCAGGUUUCCAUUUCCAGAGCUUGAAAAGUUACUGUUUUUGA